UGAGCCAUGGCUUACUCUCAGCUGGGAUACCCCUACUCCACCACACCGCAGUUUCUGAUGAGUUCGAGCUCUCUGGCCGGUUGUCUGGAGCCGGGAACGCCUCCGUCUCACCCGGUGCUGCGCUCCCCCGGGCACCAGCUCAGCCCGAGCACCGGCAUCGGAGUCUACAGCGGCCCUUACCCAAAGAGCCAAGGUUACUACAACACCUGCCCCAGCGAUGCCACAGCGCUCUAUCCCAGAGGGCCACUGGAUCCAAAAGACGGAGCUGCAUCUGUGCAUGUGGGGACAUCUCAGACUCCUGCCUACUACCCCUAUGAAUACGCAUUUGGACAAUAUUCUUAUGACAGAUAUGGGUAUUCCUGCUCUGAUGGGGCUUCUCGUCGCAAAAACGCCACCCGAGAGACCACCAGCACCCUGAAAGCCUGGCUGCAGGAGCACCAGAAGAACCCCUAUCCCACAAAGGGAGAGAAGAUCAUGCUCGCUAUCAUCACCAGGAUGACUCUCACACAGGUGUCGACAUGGUUUGCCAAUGCACGCAGGAGGCUGAAGAAGGAGAACAAGGUGACGUGGUCACCGCGAGCUUGUAAAGGCUCUGAUGAUCGAGGCUGUGAUGACGACAGUGAUGAAGCUGAGAAGCCAGUUAAAGAUGAAAAAGACCAUCCUGAUCAACAUUGUGCGGAGCUGCAGAGUGAUCUUGAGGACUUCGACCUGCUGGAGUCUGAUGCUUCCGACUGUGAACCGAAGCCACAAUUCCUACCUGAGGACAAUGAAAACCCAAACACAGAUCUCCCACAUGAGCACCUCACACACAACCCUGAAACACUUCACAGAAAAGACAGAUUGUCCCCGGACUGCCCCAGACUCACACCAGUCCAACACCAAAACACCUCCUUCUUUCCAAACCCAGACCUUCGAGACACAGAUGCCAAGCCGAAAAUAUGGUCCAUCGCCCACACGGCUGUGUCUUUGGACGGCAGCUUGCAGCCAGAGUACCUUCCUUGUAUGCUGUCGACCAACGGCUCCUCCUCUCCUGUGUAUCCGUCAACCAUGGGGCUCACUAAGGCAGACAGGCAACAGGAAUCACCAGUCGCCACGCUCAGAGAAUGGGUGGACGGAGUAUUCCAUGGUCCCCCUUUCCAACAGCCCAAACCAGCUGAGGUGUGGAAAGGCUUUAAUGAUGCCGCGAUAGACAUCAGAAUACCUGGACAAUCCUUUGAACUUGUUAGGUCUACUUCAUCUUUGUAG